GAGAUAUCGCAAGAGAUUGCCAUGUACAACACGUUUCUCAUCUACUUCCUCUUCAUCCUCGAGUUUAUUGCGCGGUUGCAAUAGAGGUAGGGAUUUGUGCUAUUGCCUCUCUAAUAAAACAGGUCUACCAGUCUGGUUAAGCCUGUUUAUUAUUCUCACAUGGUAUCAAGAGUCAUCCCUUUAUCCUAUUUUUUUCGGUCCUUAUGGCUUCGUCCGCCGUCGCUGGACAAACCACCGCCACCACCGCGCCGAUAACAACGGCCGCACAGACUCCGACGACGGCAGUGCCUCUCACCACGGCAGCGCCCGUCACCAUGCCGGCAGCUUUCUCUACUUCAUCUGCUUCGUUCUCUCUCUCUCGUUUGGCUCGGCGUCCACUGUCUUGCAGCCGCCGUUUUCAGCAUCUUUUCCGGUGAGCAACCCGAUUUUUGAUGCCUUGGUUUGGGUUCCACCGGUGUUUGAUUGGUCUAUUCCGGUUACUGCCACUCAUUUGACCGGUCCGAACUCAGCCACACAGUCGGUUCCGGCAUCCUCCUCUCCCCGGAUAUUUUUUGGCGGUCCCACGUUUUCUGGAGCGCAAGGCUUAGCGCCGCCGCCUACGGUUUCACCGAUAGGCCGACCGGCAGCAGCUCACAACAGUUCUCUGGAGGCAAUUGCACAGGCUAUGGGUUUUUCGGCUCCCAAUAUUACGAACAUCGUUACCACCAAGCUUGAUGCAGUUGAAGAUUAUCUGCUCUGGCGCCCAAUUUGAAUCGUUUUUGGUAUCUCACGGUCUCAUGGGCAUCGUAGAUGGUACUAUCACUGCCCCUCCUCAAUUUAUUUUUGAUGCUAAUCGUAGAGAAGUUGUGAACAACAAGUAUUAUUAUUGGUUAAAGUUAGACCAAACAAUUCGUUCUUGGCUGUUUGCUACUUUAUCCCGUGAUAUACUCGUUGAAGUUCAUACUCUUCAAACUUCUGCUACCAUCUAGGAACGACUGGAAUCUAGAUUUAUGGCUGCCAGCAUGGCUCGUUCUAUGGAAUUAAAACGCAUGUUCAAUAAUACUAAAAAGAAGGAAAAUCAAACCAUGGAGCAAUACAUGCGUGAAAUUCACUGGUCUCCCUGAAAGAUAUAAUUGAGCAAACACUUCUCGGUCUUGGUCCUGAUUAUGAGUCUAUAAUUACCACAUUAACUUCUUUUCCGGAGGGACUCACUUUUGAUAAGCUACGGAGAUGACUGGUUGAGCAAGAGCAACACAUUCUUUAUCUUCGCUCUCAGGAGGCAUCAUCGCCCGCUGCUUUUGUUGCUCAGCCCGCGGCCCCGGCAGCUCCUGGACAUGAUCCGAGAGGUGGCAAUAAGUAUAAUCGGGGACGAGGACGACGUGGUCAGCGUGGCAGAGGCACCUGCGGCCGAGGACGGGGAUACGGCCAGCAGCACCAGCCGAACUACGUGGCUCCCGGAUACGGCCAGUAGCCUGGCUACUACCAGCCACGGCCUGGACAGCAGCCCCAAGGGGGGUAUUUUCAGCCGCAAGCCUAUCACCUGCCAGCUCCUCCUCAUGGACGUCCAGGCUCACCUUUAGUUGAUGGACAAUUUGGUUCUAUUCCCCCGCCGGUUGUUUGUCAGCUUUGCUAUUCACCAGGUCAUUCUGCUGUUUCAUGUCCGUCUCGUUUUGCACAGCCAUCUGCUCCUGCUCUUGCUGCACCCAUGGGUGAUACUAAUGACGCUGUCUGGUUCCCAGACUCCGGUGCUUCCGCGCAUAUGACUCCUCAGGAAGGACAAAACCAUGGGGGCAACUCUUCUUCAGGGUUCCAGUAGCAGAUCCGGUCUCUACCCCAUUCGCCUAUCCCCUCCACCACCUUUGGCUUUAGUCUCUAGCGCGGCGCCUGGACCACUGUGACAUCGUCGCUUGGGACAUUGUGGCAGUAGAGUUUUAGAUGGUCUUAAGAAGUCAGGUCAACUAUGUAGUUUGUCUUCUUUUAAUCAUGAUUGUUCAUCGUGUCGUUUGGGUUAAGUCUCACAGAUAGACUAUAUAAUUAGCCAAUACCAUUGGAUAAGUGACGUGGCACUUUGUCACGGUGCGUCAAAAUAAAUUCAAUACUAACACUUAUACGUAGUAUAGCGUAGUAGAGUUCGUAUCCAC